AUGUUAUUCAUCUCAGAACCAGUGAAGUUCUGGACGAUCAUGAAUGAUCUGGGCAUGAUGGAUGAUAUACUGGAAAUCGUUUUCAAUUCUUUCGAUCAGACAAGGCGACUCGCCAAUAUGGGAACAACACAACGAGAUAUUGGUAAGUGUGAACAGUUCGGAUGA